UUUUGACGAUUUCUGCUGAUGUGAAUGAUGGAGUCUUGAGAAGUCGACUAGUAGUGAAGAGCAGUGGAAGAAGUCCAGCAGCAAUGUCUCGUAGCCUUGUGUGUGUUCGUCGCCAGGCACUUGGCCUGUAUCGAUCCCUCCUCCGCACAGCGCAGCAUUGGGAGGCGAACGAUGUGGAGGACACCGUCAAUGAGCGAAACUACAUCAGACAUGAAGCUAAAGAGUUGUUUGCAGAAAACAAGCAUGAGACGGACCCAGAGCGGAUACAAGCGCUACUGGAGGAGGGGAAGUCCCGGAUCCAAAUCGCUCAGCACUACAACAAUCCAUACCCGAGACCGAUGAACCUAUCACAGAGGGUGGUCAUGAACUCGCGUAACAAGGCGGCGCAGAAGCGUCUCCACCGCCAGUCCAAGCCAAUCUAUCUCUACUCGUCGGAAGUCUGAAGGUUUAAAGCGGCUCUGUUGUACACGCCGGUUACUGGUGAUGCCGGUACGGUCUCGAUGAGUCAGCGCUCUAGCAAUACGCAAUACUCACGGCACCUUUUCUAGACUUAAAGUGGGCCUGUUAUGCGGGCUGGGCCACGUGUGUUGGCCUUUUGGCUUGUUACUGUGUGUGUGUGUUCAGUGUGUGCUCAGUGCAGAACAGAGAGCUAGCACUGUACAAUAGUGCAACAGUGUUUUACCGCGUGUGCAUGGUCCACGCAUCUCUCCAAACUACCGGACCAGCUACGGGCUGCUGAGCCACUGUGCGAUAUUGCGACAGUGUUUUUAGGCGUGCACCUGUGGACGCAUCUGUCCAACUACUGUACUGCCUACUGGACCCGCUACGGACCUUGUACUGCUUAUAGUGAUCAUCAUGUGUAUGUGCCUGGAAGGCUGAAGCCUUGCUAGCUCAGCAUCAUUGCUACUGCUUCUUUAAACAGGUGUUACCUCUGCUGCUGCUGCUGCUGCUGCUGCUGCUGCUGCUGCAGCCACUGUUGCUGCUGCUGGUGCUGCUGCUACGGCUACUGCUGCAGAGCAACUAAGUAGGUGACUGGUUCUGUCAGAGUUGAGUUCUAUAUUCUUCUACACUUUCUGGUUUGCCCAGAGAGUUCAUUUAUAUCGAGAUAUCUGCAAUGAGAUUCGUUCAACACUGCUGUCUAUCCAUGCACGCACUGUGCGCGGCAAGUAUGUGUGUACAAACUGAGUACAGUAAUACAGUUAUUUCUACGUAUUCUCUUACAACAACAUACAAUACCACAGCAACUGGCGUCGACAGCUGGCAAAGCAAUGAAAGAUCUAUGCAGUGUGGCUGUUGCACUUUCUUGCCCGGGCAUUGUGGACUAAUAAAGUCAUGCUGUGUGGCGUGCCACAUUUUGUAGGUACAGUUUUGUUUGCCUCGAUCUGGACCUAGGCAUGAACGAUGGCAUGUCAAAGUGACUCUGACUCUGGCUCAGGUCGACGCUAGAGUGUGUAGUAAUCACGCCUGUAUACAGUGCUACAAUCUCUCUAGACUCCUCUUCUCCUCCAUGCACUCUCACUGCCAACACAUGGCUAUCCUCGGUAGCCGAAUGGUACCGUUCA